GCAUCCAUCACACCCAGUGACUUUCUGGGCGUGGACUGACAACGGCUUCUUGUUACGAGAGCGGGACGUAUCGAAUCACCGCAGCGCAUAGCCUCAGAUACUUGGGACAACUUCUAGGCAUUCUCCCAGGGCAUUGCGACGACAAAACCUUAGAGUCCCUGCAGCCACAGUAUUCCAACAGCCCCGCUUUCCAGGGUACUGGUAUAAAAAGAAAAGGUACCCGGGUGUCAAGGCCGUCGACACGAUUUCAAAGACGGCAGCAUGGUUCGGCGAAAGGAGCUUGUUGGCUCGGCCAAGCCCAAGGGAAAGAAAGAGCAGGUUCGACAAAUGAUUCCUGUUUCGGUCAUGUGCCAAACAUAUGCUGAAUCAUGAAAAACAGAAGAAACUCGAGACUGCUGACGACUUUCUAGCUGCUGGUGUCGAGCAUGAGGAGGCUGCGGGCAAGUGGCGUGCAGGAGACGCCGCCAAGUCAAUGAGGUUCUUCCAGCGCGCGAUCGAGGUGUACGAGCAGGGUCUUCAGGCGGCGCCGAACAGUCUCGAUCUCGCCUACAACAAAGCCCGGGUGCAGCUCGAGAUAUGUACACAUCCUGUCCUGGUCAGCCAGCUCAAGCAGCCCUUGCUCGAGGUCCUACAGAUAGCGCUGGCCUCACAUCGAUAUGCCUUGCAGCUGGGCGCGGACAACAUCGACACGUUGUUCAACACGGCGCAGGUCCUCAGGAGCAUCGCCGAGGAGGUUGCUGGUGCAGACGACCUCCCGAGCUCGGAUGCGAUCAAGCUGCUCGAGGAGGCGUGGGAGCUGCAGAGCAAGUGCUUUGAGAUCCAGAAAGUGCGGUAUCUGGAGAGCCAGGAAGAGGAGCGGAUAGCCAACGAGCAGGCCGCGUCGGAGAGCAGCUCGGCAGUACCGCCGCCCGCACCAGAAACACCAGCUGAAGCUGGCGCAGAUGGCGCCGAGGAGGAUCAAGGGGAGGAAGAGGAGGAGCAAUGGGUCAGCGUCGUGGAGCCAGUCACCAAGGACACCCUCAUCGACACCGUUGUGUCGCAGCUCGAGACGCUCACGACGCUCUGCAGCAUAUUGACAGAUGCGCCUGAUUCAGCACCCCCAUCUGCGCUCAGUUUUGCCGAGAAGCACUCCACAGACUUGGUACAGUCGCUGCCCGAACUCACACGCGACAACACUGAGCGGCUACAAGAAGUUGCCUUGGCAAAGGCCAACUUCGUCUCGUCGCUGCUAGCGGCGGGCACGAAAGCAGGCAAGCUCGAGCCCGCGACUUAUAAGAAGGAGCUCGACGCGGUUUUUGGGGCGCCUGAACUACAGGCGCAGUCCUCGGUGGAUGUCCUCCUCGCCUACGCGAAAGCCCUCAUCACGUUCAACUCGACGUUCCGGGACAACUUUGCGUACGACCCCACGACAACAUCGACCGCGAGAUGGAACUCGCUUACCCAAGCAAGCGAGCGCCUCACUGCCGCCUCCAAGAUUGCUGGAAUCGACCAGAGCGACCUCGCCACGACACACCUGCUCCGCGGAGACUGCUCAAUGUACCUGCACAACCUCCAGUAUGCGCCGGCGUCGCACAAGGCGGCGGCCGAGCGGGCGGCGCAGCUGCUCAAGAACGCCGAGAUAUUCUACCGCAACGCACAGAAGCUGAGUGCGAACGCGGAGGAGAAAGGCGUGGCGGGCGUGCGGUCCUCCGUCGCCGGGCUGCUGCAAGCGCAGGGCCAGGCGUAUAGUGUUGAGAAGGUGCUGUCGGCUUGUCCGCAGGGCCAGCAGUGGGCCAUUGAGCAGCUCGAGGACAUGAUGGCUGAGGGUUUGUUGCCGCCGCAUCCGCAGAUGGGUUGAUGUUACCGAGCUCGGCGGAAUCAGAACUAGGCAUGGGCAGUAGAAAUCUCACGAAGAUGAGCAGACGAAGAGCUCAACUUGCAAAUGUGAUGGGCUUGCUCAAACUG